AUGUCGACCACGAUUGGAUCCUUCAUUGCCGGCGGCGUCGCGGCGUGCGGCGCCGUCACAGUCACCCACUCCUUUGAGACGGUCAAGAUCCGACUACAACUCCAGGGAGAAUUGCAAGCCAAGCGCGAUGCGCCGCGAAUGUACAAAGGCGUUCUGCACGGCGUCAAGGUCAUCUACACCAAUGAGGGUCUCAAGGGCCUCUUGCGCGGACUGAGUUGCGCCUAUGUCUACCAGAUGACGCUCAAUGGCUGUCGACUUGGCUUCUACGAUCCUAUUCGGACGACCCUCAACUCCCUCAUUCUCACACGCUCGCCUACGAAUCGAACGGAUGAAGCGGUGAAGAAUAUGCAGUCUCUGCCCGUCAACAUUGCCUCUGGAGCUUCUUCGGGAAUUCUGGGUGCUCUGCUAGGAUCACCUUUUUUCCUUGUCAAAACGCGGUUACAGUCGUUCUCUCCCUUCCUUCCUGUAGGCWCCCAACAUCAAUACAGAAACGCAGCGGACGGUAUGCGCCAAAUAUACGGCGCCGAGGGCGUUCGAGGGCUAUGGAGAGGUGUAAUACCAGCAAUGGUGAGAACGGGCUUCGGAUCGUCCGUCCAGCUCCCUACCUAUUUCUUCGCGAAGAGAGUGCUACAACGUAACUUCAACAUCAAAGACGGAGCGCCGCUACACUUCAUGUCUUCAACCGCGUCCGGCUUUGUGGUGUGCGUAGUCAUGCAUCCUCCAGACACAGUCAUGAGCCGGAUGUACAACCAGACCGGAAAUCUCUACAAGAGCGCCUUUGACUGCCUGUCCCAGACCGUCAAGACAGAGGGCAUAUUUGCACUUUACAAGGGAUUCUUCGCUCACUUGGCACGGAUCCUGCCGCACACCAUCCUUACCCUGAGCUUGGCGGAGCAGACAAACAAGCUCAUGAGGAGGUUCGAGGACCGGGUUUUGAGCGAUGAUUUGAAAGCGAAACUAUAA